GGAUUCAACUUUUGGCGGGCCGAUCAUCCUCGAAGGGGAAUUGGAUUCUUGAAGGGAAACAAAGGCAGGAGGAUCGUGGUCUUCUCGAAUUCUUUAGCGGAAAUCGUCGGAUUUCAGAGUAUUCAAUCCCGAAAUCUGAACCACGAACUGCUUAGAAUGCACCAUGCAGAGAUUAAAGGCCUCGGGAACUUCGAUUAUACGCUCGAUUGCAGUUCCUAGGUUGAAGAGGAAGGCCGUGAAUUCAUUGACGGCCGUACAGGAUACUUUCUAUUCUACCAAGGAUGUAUUCGAAAGGCAUAGGGUGGUUUUUACAGUGGGGACUUCUAUUGCAUCUGUUGCAACUGCCUGGUUCGGUUACACUUUACGCCACUAUCAUGAUGUUCAAGUUGACAAAAGGCUUGAAUCUAUUGAGGAAGCUAUGAGAAAAAAGCAUCAACUUGAGCAUUCGGAAGUUGCAAAGGCUGUUAAUGUUGGAAAGAUCAGUACUCCUGCUUGCUUUGCAACUGCUGGAACUUCUUUGAUCAUUGGAUAUUGCUUGGGAUGGCGAGGUGGGAAACGUUACGCCAACAAGCAAUUUAGACGAGAGCAGAUGAAGUUAUUGGGGGAGGCAAAACCUAGAUGGCAAUUGCUCACGAGGGUGAUUACAAACGAUGGGUUUAUACUCAGCAUGCAGAGAAUCCCAUCGGGAGGACGGACGAGUUCAGCCAAUGGGCCUCCAGUUCUGCUACAACAUGGUCUUCUAAUGGAUGCGGCAACAUGGCUGUUGCUUCCUCCAGAAAGUUCUUUGGCAUUCGUUUUGGCAGAUAAAGGAUUUGAUGUGUGGCUUGCCAACACCCGUGGAACUAAAUUUAGCCAAGGACAUACCUCACUAGGCCCUGAUGAUCCUGGCUUCUGGGAUUGGUCAUGGGAUGAAUUGGUAGCUUUUGAUCUCCCUGCCACUCUCCAAUAUGUUCAUAAUCGUACUGGGCAGAAUAUGCACUAUGUUGGACACUCAUUGGGAACAUUGAUUGCUCUUGCUGCAUUUUCCAAACACCAAUUGCUUGACAUGUUGAUAUCAGCUGCUUUGAUUAGCCCAAUUGCCCAUUUGGGUGAUGUAACCUCCCCAAUUGCGAGAAACGCUGCUGAUAACUUUCUCGGUGAGGUCUUGUUCUGGUUGGGUGUCAAAGAGUUUGAUCCAAGAGGGAAGGCUGCAGUUCAGCUUCUUGUUGAAGUCUGUGCAAAGCCAGGAGUUGAUUGUAUCAACUUGUUGACAUCUUUCACAGGCCAGAAUUGCUGUCUCAAUCCAUCUGUAUCUCAAAACUUUCUAAUCCAUGAGCCUCAGCCAACGGCAACAAAGAACAUGAUCCAUUUGUCUCAGAUGAUCAGAAGUGGAACCAUAGCAAUGUACGACUACGUUGACGUGAUCGAAAACAUUAAACACUAUGGGCAAUCGACUCCUCCAACGUACAAUAUGACAAGCAUUCCUAAUGACUUCCCUCUCUUUCUUAGCUAUGGAGGUGCUGAUGCCUUGUCCGAUGUCAACGAUGUGCAACUCUUGUUGGAUAACUUCAAAGAUCACGACGGAGAUAAGCUCGUCGUUCAGUUUAGAGAAGAUUAUGCUCAUGCUGAUUUUGUCAUGGGAGAAAACGCUAAGCAAGUUGUGUAUGAUCCUCUUAUCGCUUUCUUUAUGCUUCAAUGAAUAUGUUCAUGUUGUGUGAAUAUCAUGUCUAUACUCGAAUAUAUCUAAGUGCACUUAGUCGUUGGUGUCGAUUGACUUGUAGAACGAUGACUAGUAGGAAAUAUUGCAUCGGUCGACAGAGGUUAUGGGUCGGCUUUAGAUUGUAACUUGUUAUGUAAGUAUAGAAAGAAUGAUUUUUGCUGUUA